AUGUCUCUUCUCCACGAUUACUAUGUGAGCAACUACUCGAAAUGCUCCAAACCGGACAGUUUCCUGUCCUCUUGGGAGGGUCUCUCCUUAGUUUCGCACUCGAUCACUGCCGUUCUGCUGCCGUUCCAUCUGCUCGGAGGCUAUUGUAUUCUGUGCAAGACUCCCGCUUAUAUGACUUUCUAUCGGUGGCCUUUGUUCAAUUUACACUUUUGGUGAGUUCUUCCGAAGGGCGACCCGUGCAGCCAGCUCAGUUCGAUUUCAGGUCCUGUUUCGUGGACAUCUUGAUCAGCGCCCUCAUCACCCCUUACCUCAUUUUCCCGGCAGUCGCGGGUUUCCCAAUAGGUCUUCUGAGCGUGUUCAAUGUGCCGACAGCCGUUCAAAUAUGGCUCGGCGUCGUUUGUAUUUAUGGUAAGUUAGGGGAGCAAUCAGGUUUACAAUUGUUUUUCAGCUAUGAUAAUGUCAAUGACGAUUCUGUUCGAGAACCGUCACAACUCCAUUCCCUCCAACAAACUGAGGAUCGAGAGAAUGAGUGUGAAACUGAUUUACUAUGCAAUCCGAAUCGCACUCCUAGUCCUCUACUCCUCGUUCAUCUUCCUGUUCGUUCCGGAGCAAGAGCCCGCCCGUCUCCAGAUCCUCCAAUCGAUUCCCUGUCCGACGGAAGAGUUCUUCACUUCUCCCGUCUUCGUUCUCUGCAUCAACGACACCUACACCAAUUUCCUGGCCGCCGUGACUGCUCUCGGAGUGCUCAGCGAGAUCCUCCAAAUCGCCUUCUUCGUCGCCUGCUGCCUCUAUUAUCUGUUUUUCAGUUUGAACGGAUUCACUUCGAAAAAAACGCGCAAACUGCAAAUCGCCUUCUUCGCAUCCAUCGUGAUGCAAGUGGCCAUUCCGAUCUUUUUCCUCCUGCCCUCCUUCGUUUUUCUGACAAUUUCAGUCGUGUUCAAGUACUACAAUCAAGGCAAGAAAGUUCGAAGGCAUGCAGAAUUGA